UUGUACCAAAAGCCUACUUAUAAAACCCGACAGUCGAAGAUUGACAUUGGAUCGGAGCACCGAGGCUUUGUUUAGGCUGAAGAAUUAGGAAAAAAAUGUUGGUUCAGCUUCCGCGCCUGACCAGCUCUCUCAGAGAGCCCUUUGACAUCGACCAGGCCUAUUUGCAGCGCAAGCUCAUCCUUCAGAGCCAGAAGCCUCGCCAGUCUUCGAGCUCAGUUGAUGAGUCAGAGCUUGCACGGAAGAUAGUUUAUAGAUGGGAAGAAGCUUCGGUUGAAGUGCGGCAAGCUUACAAGCAGUUUACUGGGGCUGUGGUGGAGUUGAUAGAUGGAGAAGUUCCAUCCGAAGAGUUUCGUGAGGUGGCACUGACCGUGUACCAUCUUUUUGGCAGGCCAGAGGAGGAAGACAAUGUUGAAACAAAUAUUGCCGGAAAAAAGCUGGAAGUGCAAAAACUACUUGGUCAUGCCGUUUCAGAUGCUAACGUGCAGAAAGUUGCCUCCCUAGCCCAGAGACUUGCAGGGAUGCAGUCCAGUGAUAAGGGGACUACACUUGUUUCAGAAAGGCCUGUAAACGGGACUCAUGACAAUGUGGAAUUUGGUGCUGACCUUGUUUUCCAUGCACCAGCUCGAUUUCUGGUGGAUGUUUCUUUGGAGGAUGGCGAGUUAUUGGGUGAGGAAAGCACUGGAAUUUCUUCUUCAUAUUAUGAAGGAUUAUAUAGUCGCAGUAACUUGAAUGAUCAUCAUCCUUCUACUGAUGGACAAAGCUUCAAUUUGAGUUGGUUAAAAGAUGCAUGUGAUCAGAUAGUAACAAAAAGUAGUUCGCAGCUUUCCCGAGAUGAACUGGCUAUGGCCAUUUGUCGGGUGCUUGACUCUGAUAAACCUGGUGACGAGAUAGCAGGUGUCUUGUUAGAUCUUGUUGGGGAUAGUGCAUUUGAAACUGUUCAAGACCUCGUAUCACAUCGAAAGGAACUUAUUGAUGCCAUCCAUCAUGGGUUACUGGGACUGAAAUCUGACAAAUUGUCAAGCUCUCAAUCACGUAUGCCUAGUUAUGGCACACAGGUUACUGUUCAAACAGAAACUGAACGACAGAUUGAUAAACUUCGGCGCAAAGAGGAAAAGCGACAAAGACGAGGAACAGAAUAUGGCACUGAUAGUGAACUGGCUGCUGUAAAUUUUUCUUCUUUACUACAAGCAAGUGAAAGAAAAAAUCCUGUUGAUGAUCUCUUAGCGCUUGGUGAAGGGCCUCAAUCUUUAGCAGUUAGUGCUCUUCCUCAAGGAACUGUGAGGAAGCAUCAUAAGGGAUAUGAGGAGGUCAUUAUUCCCCCAACACCAACAGCACAAAUGAAACCUGGAGAAAAGCUGAUUGAGAUAACGGAGUUAGAUGAAUUUGCUCAAGCUGCUUUUCGUGGAUAUAAGUCUCUGAACCGUAUUCAGAGCCGCAUAUUUCAUACUGUUUAUUACACUAAUGAAAAUAUACUAGUUUGUGCUCCAACAGGAGCUGGCAAAACAAACAUAGCUAUGAUUUCUAUUCUACAUGAGAUUGGACAGCACUUCAAAGAUGGUUACUUGCAUAAAGAUGAAUUUAAGAUAGUUUAUGUUGCACCAAUGAAGGCAUUAGCUGCAGAAGUUACAUCAACUUUUAGCCAUCGCUUAUCUCCAUUGAAUAUGACUGUGAGAGAACUUACUGGAGACAUGCAACUUUCUAAGAAUGAACUUGAAGAAACUCAGAUGAUAGUCACAACACCUGAGAAAUGGGAUGUCAUUACUCGCAAGAGCAGUGACAUGUCACUUUCAAUGUUGGUGAAGCUCCUAAUUAUUGAUGAAGUGCAUCUUUUAAAUGAUGAUAGAGGCCCUGUAAUUGAGGCACUAGUUGCUCGAACUUUGCGCCAGGUGGAGUCUACACAGACAAUGAUACGCAUUGUGGGCCUUUCAGCCACUCUACCGAACUAUUUAGAGGUUGCACAGUUUCUGAGAGUGAAUCCAGAAGCAGGACUCUUCUUCUUUGAUUCUAGUUAUCGCCCAGUGCCCCUCGCACAGCAGUAUAUUGGUAUUAGUGAGCAGAAUUUUACAGCCCGUAUUGAAUUGCAGAAUGAGAUAUGCUACAAGAAGGUUGUUGAAUCACUCAGGCAAGGUUAUCAGGCAAUGGUAUUCGUUCAUUCUCGAAAGGACACAGCAAAAACAGCUCAGAAAUUGGUUGAACUUGCUCGCAAGUUUGAAGGACUGGAGUAUUUUAAGAAUGAUGAACACCCACAAUUUUCGUUGAUCCAGAGGGAAGUUAUGAAGUCCAGAAACAAAGAUCUUGUUGCACUUUUUGAAUUUGGAGUUGGAGUUCAUCACGCUGGGAUGUUACGUACUGAUAGAGGGCUGACUGAGCGCCUUUUCUCUGAUGGACUGUUGAAGGUACUUGUUUGUACGGCAACUUUGGCAUGGGGUGUAAAUCUACCAGCUCAUACUGUUGUGAUAAAGGGGACUCAAUUAUAUGAUCCAAAGGCUGGCGGUUGGCGAGACCUGGGCAUGCUAGAUGUUAUGCAGAUAUUUGGACGGGCUGGGAGACCUCAAUUCGACAAAAGUGGUGAAGGCAUUAUAAUUACAUCUCAUGACAAACUGGCCUACUAUUUGCGGUUGCUGACAAGCCAACUUCCUAUAGAAAGUCAGUUUAUUACUUCCUUGAAAGACAAUUUAAAUGCAGAGGUGGCACUUGGUACUGUCACCAAUGUCAAGGAAGCUUGUGCAUGGCUUGGAUAUACGUACCUUUUCAUAAGAAUGAGGCUGAACCCUUUGGUGUAUGGUAUUGGGUGGGAUGAGGUUGUUGCUGAUCCUUCCUUGAGUUUAAAGCAAAGAGCUCUCAUAGCAGAUGCUGCACGUGCCCUGGACAAAGCAAAAAUGAUGCGCUUUGAUGAGAAAAGUGGCAACUUUUAUUGUACAGAGCUUGGUCGAAUUGCAAGCCACUUUUAUAUUCAAUACUCAAGUGUUGAAACAUACAAUGAAAUGUUGAGACGCCACAUGAAUGAGACUGAGGUAAUAGACAUGGUAGCCCACUCUUCUGAAUUUGAAAAUAUUGUUGUUCGAGAUGAGGAACAGAAUGAGCUAGAGACGUUGGUGCGAUCAUCGUGCCCAUUAGAAGUUAAGGGGGGUCCUUCAAAUAAACAUGGAAAGAUAUCCAUUCUCAUUCAGUUGUACAUAUCUCGUGGCUCGAUUGAUACCUUUUCGUUGGUUUCUGAUGCUGCAUACAUAAGUGCAAGCUUGGCACGCAUUAUGCGGGCAUUAUUCGAGAUUUGUCUACGAAAAGGCUGGUCUGAGAUGUCACUGUUCAUGUUGGAAUAUUGCAAGGCUGUGGAUCGCCAAGUUUGGCCCCAUCAGCAUCCUCUCAGACAAUUUGACAGAGAUCUUUCAGCAGAAAUAGUGCGAAAGCUUGAAGAACGAGGGGCUGACUUAGAUCGCCUAUAUGAGAUGCAGGAAAAAGACAUUGGAGCACUGAUUCGCUAUGCACCUGGAGGAAGGUUGGUCAAGCAAUAUUUGGGAUAUUUUCCAUGGAUCCAGUUGUCAGCAACUGUAAGUCCAAUCACCAGAACUGUUUUAAAGGUGGAUUUGGUUAUUACACCAGACUUUAUAUGGAAAGAUCGUUUUCAUGGCACAGCCCAGCGUUGGUGGAUUCUAGUUGAGGAUUCUGAGAAUGACCACAUCUACCACUCAGAGCUUUUCACUCUGACAAAGCGGAUGUCCAAAGGGGAACCUCAGAAGCUUUCGUUCACUGUGCCAAUAUUUGAGCCACAUCCACCUCAGUAUUAUAUUCGUGCUGUUUCUGAUUCUUGGUUGCAUGCAGAGGCUUUCUACACCAUAUCCUUCCAGAAUCUAGCACUGCCAGAGGCUAGUACUUCGCACACAGAAUUGCUAGAUUUGAAGCCUCUCCCUGUGACUUCACUUGGCAACAGUAUUUAUGAAGCAUUGUACAAAUUUUCACACUUUAAUCCAAUACAAACACAGACUUUCCAUGUCCUGUAUCACACAGACAAUAAUGUUCUAUUAGGAGCUCCCACUGGAAGUGGGAAAACUAUAUCUGCUGAGCUCGCUAUGCUUCGCCUAUUCAAUACCCAACCUGAUAUGAAGGUAAUUUACAUAGCACCUUUGAAGGCUAUUGUUCGGGAAAGAAUGAAUGAUUGGAAAAGACGUCUUGUCUCUCACCUAGGGAAAAAGAUGGUUGAAAUGACUGGAGAUUAUACUCCAGAUUUGAUGGCCAUAUUGUCAGCGGAUAUCAUAAUAUCUACUCCUGAGAAGUGGGAUGGUAUCAGUCGUAAUUGGCAUAGUCGAGCCUAUGUUAAAAAGGUUGGGCUUAUGAUCUUGGAUGAGAUUCACUUGUUGGGAGCUGACCGGGGACCCAUCCUUGAGGUUAUUGUGUCAAGGAUGAGAUACAUAUCAUCACAGACAGAGCGUGAAGUACGGUUUGUAGGCCUUUCUACAGCUUUAGCAAAUGCAGGGGAUUUGGCUGAUUGGCUGGGUGUUGGGGAAAUCGGACUCUUCAAUUUCAAACCAAGCGUGAGACCUGUACCUCUUGAAGUCCAUAUCCAGGGAUACCCUGGAAAGUUCUAUUGCCCAAGGAUGAAUAGCAUGAACAAGCCAGCAUAUGCUGCAAUAGGCACCCAUUCACCUACGAAACCAGUUUUAAUAUUUGUUUCCUCUCGUCGACAGACAAGGCUUACUGCAUUGGACCUCAUUCAGUUUGCAACAUCAGAUGAACAUCCAAGGCAGUUUCUUAGCAUGCCAGAAGAAGCCCUACAGAUGGUUGUUUCUCAGGUCACUGAUAAUAACCUGAGGCACACUUUGCAGUUUGGCAUUGGAUUACACCAUGCCGGUCUGAAUGACAAAGAUAGAUCUCUGGUUGAGGAGCUUUUUGCAAACAACAAAAUUCAGGUAUUGGUUUGUACCAGCACAUUGGCAUGGGGUGUAAACCUUCCAGCUCAUCUGGUCAUUAUUAAGGGAACAGAAUAUUAUGAUGGGAAAACAAAGAGAUAUGUUGAUUUUCCAAUCACAGAUAUCUUGCAAAUGAUGGGUCGUGCUGGCCGCCCACAAUUUGAUCAACAUGGGAAAGCAGUCAUUCUUGUUCAUGAGCCCAAAAAGAGCUUCUAUAAAAAGUUUUUAUAUGAACCAUUUCCCGUUGAGAGCAGUCUGAGGGAACAGUUGCACAAUCACAUCAAUGCUGAGAUAGUUUCUGGCACAAUUUGCCAUAAAGAGGAUGCGUUGCAUUAUCUUACCUGGACAUAUUUAUUUCGAAGACUGAUGUUUAAUCCAGCUUACUAUGGCUUGGACAAUACUGAACCUGAAGUUCUCAGCUCUUAUUUGUCUAGGUUAGUGCAAAACACAUUUGAGGAUCUGGAAGACAGUGGAUGCAUCAAGAUGAAUGAAGACAAUGUAGAGCCAACGAUGCUGGGUUCAAUAGCAUCCCAGUAUUAUCUUAGCUACAUGACUGUAUCAAUGUUUGGUUCAAACAUAGGAUCAGAUACAUCGCUUGAAGUCUUCUUGCAUAUCCUAUCUGCUGCUUCUGAAUAUAACGAACUUCCUGUGCGGCAUAACGAGGAGAAUUACAAUGAAGCAUUGUCUGAGAGAGUUCGAUAUAAAGUGGAUAAGGACCGCUUAGAUGAUCCACAUGUCAAAGCCAAUCUGCUAUUUCAGGCACAUUUCUCACAGUUAGAAUUACCAAUCAGUGAUUACGUCACAGACUUGAAGUCAGUAUUGGAUCAAAGUAUACGAAUCAUCCAGGCCAUGAUAGAUAUAUGUGCUAACAGUGGGUGGAUUUCAAGCUCAAUUACUUGCAUGCAUCUUCUGCAAAUGGUCAUGCAGGGUUUAUGGUUUGAUAGGGAUUCUUCCUUAUGGAUGAUGCCAUGCAUGAAUGUUGAACUUGCUGACUCGCUAAGCAAAAGAGGAAUAUUCAGCGUACAGCAACUAUUGUAUCUCCCCAAGGCAACUUUGCAGACCAUGAUUGGAAAUUUUCCUGCUUCAAAAUUGUAUCAGGAUCUGCAGCCUUUUCCCCGCAUCGAAGUGAAAUUAAAACUUCAGCAAAAGGACAGCGGAAAGUCUCACUCUUUAGACAUCAGACUGGUGAAGACCAAUUUCAGGCAAAACAAAUCAAGAGCAUUUACCCCGCGUUUCCCUAAGGUGAAAAACGAAGCAUGGUGGUUGGUCCUUGGGAACGCCUCAACAUGGGAAUUAUAUGCUCUAAAAAGAGUAUCUUUCUCUGAUCACUUGGUUACUCACAUGGAGUUACCAUCAGCUCCUAAUACUCUCCAGGGGAUGAAAUUGACUUUAAUUUCAGAUUGUUAUGUGGGCUUCGAGCAAGAGCACUCUAUUUCAGAGCUUAUUCAACGGCAGUAACCAAAGCAGGAUAUAUUAUCAGUAGAUGCAUUGGACCUUAAGGUGUAUAUUUAUAGAUUUUUUUUAUUUUUUCUGUGUCUUUAGAAAGCAUGAGGACUAUAAAAUUCAACAGCGAAAUGUAAAAACUCAAAUAUAUAUAUUUAUGAAUAAAAUAACAGCUGUAAUUAGCUCCCUGAGAAA